AUGGCAAAAAAGAGAAAAGCUGAAAAAAGUAUCUGUCAGACAGAAUUAAAUGAAAUUGACAGGGAAUUAUUUGGUGAAGAAGAAUUGGAAAUAUUAAAAAGAAAAAAUGAUUCUAGUAGUGAAGAACAUAUAAAGAAAGAAGACUUUCUUAACGAUGAAUUUUUAAGUAUUAAUGAAAAUGAUUUCAUUAAAUUUGAUGAUAGCAAUGAUUCUGAUUUCACAAAAAAAAACUCAUCAAAUAAAAGUUCAGAUAGCGAUGUACAAAUUAUUGAAAAUGAAAAUAAAGAGAAAAAAAAAGAAAGAUUACUAAAUAAAAGUCGUAGUAAAAAGAAAAAGAAAUCAAAAAGAAAAAAUGAUAUUGAUGAUGAUGAAGAGGAUUCUUGCAAAAUAUCUGUACAACAAAUAAAAGACUUUGAAGAAUUAAGAAACAAAAAUAUACAAAAAAAAAUUGAAAAAAAUAAACUAAUUACAUUUAUGUUAUGCUGGAUUGGUCAUAUAUCAUUUUUAAAUAAUAUUUGUAACAAUAAAUUAUUGCAAUCAUUGAUAUACUCUGUUUAUGUUAACUAUAAAAAUUUUAGUAAUAAGUUAUAUAAGGACCCUAUAUAUUUAUUUUUAUUUAUAAAAAAUUCAUUUGAUUUAAUUAUUGAUAGUAAAUAUUGGAUAAGUGGUGAUAAUGUUCUUUCUAAGAACAUAAAAGGAUCAAUCAUAUUUAGAAUAGUUAGAAGUAUUCAUAGGAAAAGAGCUAAUAACGUUAUAAUAAAUUUAAUUUUUAUUUGUUUAUGUAGAUCCUUAAAUAUUCCAAGUCGUAUAUGUAUAACCCUUCCAAAUUUAAAAAAUGAAAUUGAUAUAGAUCAUGAGAAUCGUUUUAUUAAAAAAUGUUACAAUAAAUAUUAUGAAGACAUAACUAAAAAUAUAUUUUUUAAUCAUUUUGUUAAUUCUAUUAAUGAACAAAGUAGCGAUAAUGAGAUAGAAGAAGAUGAUGAUGUGGUUGUUAUUGAUAAGAAAGAUUUCCUCAAGGAUAAAAAAACAAAAAAAAAUUACAAGAAUGUUAACAAUAAUGAAACAGUACAAUUUAACAUUUUCUCGGAAUGCUAUUCCACAAGUUUUAAUAAAUGGAUUUCCUUUUUUUUUUGUUAUAAUGUUUAUUAUUUUAAUUUCUUUAAUUUUUCGAAAAACGAUAAUUCGUCAUUAUAUGAAAGUAAGAUGUUUCACAUACUUCUACCAUUACCCAAAAAUCCCGAAGAAAUUAAGACUUAUAAAAAAGCAAAAACAAGUAACUCAUUAAAUAAAUUUGCAUUGUCUCUUUUUAUUAAUAAAGGGAAUAAAAGAAAAUACACUUCAGAAACAUCUAGUGAUUCUAGUCAUGAUUAUUCAUACGAAGAGAAAAUAUCAUUUGAUGAAGAAAAAAUAAGUAUUAAAAAUGAUUCUAACAUAGAUAAAGAUACACAAAAAAAUGAUUAUACUAUUUUAAAUAAUAAAGAAGGUAAUAAAACUCAAUUUUCCGAUGAAUUAUUACACAAAGAAAAGGAUAAUAUUUAUUAUUUUAAUGAAUUAGAAAAAAAUAUAAAUAAAGAUGAAAAUAAAAAAUUUAAAAUUUUAAGUGAUGAUUAUAAUGGAAAAAUGUACAUUGAAAAAAAUAAUAACUUUUUUAUAUUUGAUAAUAAAAGUAAAAAGGUACUAAGGAUUAUAUAUUUAGAGAACAAAUUAGAAAAUGAUAACGAUACAAAAUAUGAUCAUGCUAAAUCAAAAGAGGAUAAUAUUUUCUAUUUUGAAAAAGAAGAAGAAAAUAAAGAAAUAGUGAAUUCAUUAAGUAAUAUAUAUGAUUCAAAUAAUAGAAAAGGUUUCCUUAUAAAUCAAAUUAGUGCAUUAAAAGCAGCUAAUGGAAAAUUAAAAAAAAAUAAUAAUAGCAAAAAAGAUUCUAUAGAAUAUGAAGAAACCAUUUAUGAUAAAUUUGCUAAUGUAGUAAAUAGAGAUACAUUAAAUAACAAGUAUAUAAAAGUUUUUAUAAAUAGUAAUGUAUAUAAAUAUUUCUAUAAUUUAGAUCAUUAUAACUUAUAUAUUUCAAUUAAUAAAUAUGGAAUAUUAAGAGAUAUUAGCAUACGUCAUAAACUAAGAUAUAGUAAAAACAGUGCAAAUAAUACAAUAAUAAAAGGAGAUAAGUAUUGUAAUAUUAUCAGAGACAAUUUUAGGAGAAUUUCAUAUUAUAUAAAUAAAAAAAAUUAUAAUAAUUUUGAACAAGUUUUAGAUAAUUUAGAUGAUGAAUAUUUAUAUAACCUAUAUGUAACUAAUAUGAUACCUAAAGAAAAAAGUGAUUUUCUUAAAUCCAAUUAUUACAUAUUAAAAUCAAUGUUAAAAAAAAAUCAAGUAAUUUAUCCAAAUAAAGCUGUUGGUUUAUUUAAGGGAGAAAAUGUGUAUUUAAAAGAAAACUUUUAUAAUUUAAUGAGAAGAGAGUAUUUAGAAAAUAAAAAUUACUAUAUUAGUGAUAGUGAAAAACCAUUAAGUUACGACUAUGAAGAAUUUAGUAAAACAAAAAUACCAUUAUAUGCUCAGUUUCAACUAAAAAAAAGAAAUGAUAAAAAUAAAACUAAUGAUAUUUAUUUAAAUGAUAAAAAUAAUGCAUUAAGUAUAGAAGAAAAUUUUGAUUAUAUAUAUGACAAAAAGGAUAAGUUGAAUAUACUAAAAACGAAGUUACUUUCUCAUUUGAAAUCAAACAAUAUUAUUGAUUUAAAAGAAGAAGAUAUUUGUAUAUAUAAUAUUAAGUUAAAAUAUGUUUUAAAAUAUGUUAAAGGAAACAUCCCUUAUAAAAUAAUUUAUAAUAACUCUUAUUUUUUCAAUAAGUUUAGAAAAAAACAAAGUGUACCCGUAGAUGCCAAUAAAAUUAUUAUUAAAAAAAAAAAUUUUUUAACAUUUCAAAAUUUAUAUAUAUCACAAAAAAAAAUUCAAGAUGAAUUUUUGAUAAAUGAGAAAUAUAAACAAAUUAAAAACUUAUGGAAAGUUCUAUGUAAAAGUAUAUUAUAUGAACAAGCAAAUAAAGAAAUAGCUAAAGAAAGAAAAAAUGCAAAAAAUAUUUAUAAAAUGAAAAAUAUAAAUGUUGAUAUAGAUAAAUAUUUUCAAAUAUAA